AUGAAGCUGUCGCAGUCUGCCUUCCUGGCGUUCGCCGCCUCUGCCCUCGCGGCCCCGUCGGCCACCACCCCCCAGAAGCCUCGCCAGGCCUCUGCUGGGUGCGAGGCUGCCGUCACCCUCGACGCCACGACCAACGUGUUCACCUCGUACACGCUGCACCCCAACAGCUUCUACCGCGCCGAGGUCGAGGCUGCCGUUGCGGCCCUGACCGACCCCAGCCUGGCUGAUGCCGCCGCCAAGGUCGCCGACGUCGGUACCUUCCUGUGGCUCGACACCAUCGAGAACAUUGGCCGUCUCGAGCCCGCGCUCGCCGAUGUUCCCUGCGAGAACAUCAUGGGUGUGGUCGUCUACGAUCUCCCCGGCCGUGACUGCGCCGCUAAGGCCUCCAACGGUGAGCUCGCUGUUGGCGAGAUCGACCGCUACAAGACGGAAUACGUCGAUGCUGUCGCUGCGGUCCUCAAGGCCCACCCCAACACGGCUUUCGCCCUGAUCAUCGAGCCCGACUCGCUCCCCAACCUGGUCACCAACGCCGACCUCCAGACCUGCCAGGACUCCGCUGACGGCUACCGUGAGGGUGUCGCGUACGCGCUCGAGACCCUCAACCUGCCCAACGUCGUCAUGUACCUCGAUGCUGGCCACGGUGGCUGGCUCGGCUGGGACGCCAACCUCAAGCCCGGUGCCGAGGAGCUCGCUGCCGUCUACAAGGCUGCCGGCUCCCCGAGCCAGUUCCGUGGUAUCUCCACCAACGUCGCCGGCUGGAACCAAUGGGACCUCACCCCCGGUGAGUUCUCGGACACCUCCGAUGCCCAGUACAACUCGUGCCAGAACGAGCAGACCUUCGUCGAGACCUUCGGUGCGUCCCUCGAGGCCGCUGGCAUGCCCAACCACGCCAUCAUCGACACCGGCCGCAACGGUGUCUCUGGCCUCCGUGAGGAGUGGGGUGACUGGUGCAACGUCGCCGGCGCCGGUUUCGGCCAGCGCCCCACCUCCGAGACUGGCUCGGACCUCGCCGAUGCCUUCGUCUGGGUCAAGCCCGGCGGUGAGUCCGACGGUACCAGCGACGAGACCGCCACCCGCUACGACUCCUUCUGCGGCAAGUCCGAUGCCUACAAGCCUUCCCCCGAGGCCGGUAGCUGGAACCAGGCUUACUUCGAGGACCUCCUCAAGAACGCCAACCCCGCUUUCUAA